GACUACUGACAAACGUCACGUCGUACCGUAAUUAAUAUUCAUGAGCCAAACCUUCACCAUAGUAGACGGAAACGCAACAUACGAUAAGUUUAAAAAUGAGUGAUGGAUUCUAGCUCACAGCAUCCACCAUGUACUGUGUUCUUUGAUUUAGAGACAACUGGUCUGGAUCCCUCAUGUGACAUUGUCCAGCUGGCCGCAGUGAGUGGGGGUCACACUUUCAACCUCUUUAUGGUUCCUCGUCAGCCGAUGCAGCCCAGCGCAUCCAGGAUUACAGGUUUCAGUGUGAGAAGCCACCGUCUGUUUCUCCACCAUAGGCCGGUUCUCACCAGCUCUCUUCGAGAAGCCCUGGUUUCCUUCAUAACCUUUCUCCAGAUGCUGGGCCGGCCUCUCCUGGUGGGUCACAAUAUCCGCAGGUUUGACUGUCACGUUUUAGCCAGAGCUCUGGAUGAGUUCAGCCUUAGGUCAGACUUCCAGAAAGAGGUCGGCGGAUUCGUGGACACCCUUCCGUUGGCCCGACAGCUUCUCAAAGACAGUGGCCUCCAGAGCUUCAAGCAGGAGAACUUGGUUAAGACCCUCCUGGGAGUUUCAUAUGCGGCCCACAAUGCUCUAGAGGACGUUCAAGCCCUGCAGAGACUCUACUGGGCCCUCAAGCCCACGGACGAUCAGAUUCAGAAGCACAUUUUCACUUUGGACUCAAUGGCUACUGCGUCUGCCAAGCAUUAGGACCAUCAUUUAUGUGACCACUUCAGUAAAGCACUGACUAUCACAUGAGAAGAAAGAGCAGAGGAACGUUUGGAUGUCUGAUUGAUGAUUAACAUCUUGGAAAAUGACCCGCUGGUCUCAGGAAAAAAAUAAAGUGAGGCAAAUUUGUACACUGGUAUUAUUUUGAACUAUAAUUGUACUGAUGUUUUUAAUAAAUAAAUAUAUUUAAAUAUUA